AUGUAUCUUCCGCGCCAACUAAUAUCCCACCUCUACCUCCAACUCCUCCGCUCGCACCACCCCCUCUCCCCACCCGUGCUCAUCCUCGUCGCCCUCGAAUCAGACGCCCUCUGCGCCUGCCGCAUCCUAACCGCCCUCCUCAAACGCGAUUACAUCCCGCACAAGAUACACCCUGUUGCCGGGUAUGGCGAUCUCUCGCGCGCCGGCGAAGAGCUCGUCCGGCCCAUGCAGACGGGUAAUGGGGGCAGCGGAGGCGUUGUCGUUUGUCUAGGCGUCGGCGGGCUGGUUGAUCUAGGUGAGAUUCUGGGGUUGAGCGGCGAGGACAACGACAACGCGACAGAGGAGGAUAUGGGCGGUGUCGAGGUGUGGGUUUUUGACGCGAGGCGGCCGUGGAACCUGGCCAACGUUUUUGGUGGGCAGACCCAGGUGCUUGCGGAGAUUGAUGGGAAUGCUUCUACGGUUGCUGGGAGGCGGCAACAAACGUGUGGUGUGGAGAAAGGCCGCGUGACGGUUUCGUAUAAAAAUGGUGGUGGGGGGAUCGUUGUUUACGACGAUGGAGAUAUAGAGGAGGAGAUGGAGAAGGAGAGGGAGGCUUAUUGUGCUUUGAUGGAGAUGCCGGAAGUUGAUGAAGACGAGGAGGACGACGAUGACGAGGAAGAAGAUCAGGAACCGCCAUCGAGUACGGACUCUAGGAAGCGGAAAUCCUGGUCGCGUGAGGACGACGACGACGAGAAUGAAGAGCUUCAAGAUGACGAGGAGCCUCCUCGGCAGCGAAGGAGAAGUAAUUCUAACUCGUCAAUCGCUUCAUCACCAACGCGUGUGCGCAGGACCGAGCAUGACUCCUCAAAUUCCUCACGCUCCGGCACACCCGUGUCUGACUCGCCCUCGCCGGCGCGACAGAAACAACCAUCCGCGCGAUCAUUACGACGCCGACUCCUCCGAAUGAAGCGCAAACACGAGAGUGUGCUACAGCAGUACUACUCGUCCGGAACGUCCUACUCUGAACCGAUCUCUUCUAUAAUGUACUCCCUUGCAUCGGAAUUGGGCCGUGAAGACAAUGACCUCCUUUGGCUGGCCAUCGUCGGGGUCUGUAGCUUGGAACUUGGCGGCCGGACCAUGUCCGGAGUAGGCGUCUCGAGCGCGUCCGAGUCGGGAGGCUUGGCGGGAUGGGGUGGAGAGCGCGGAGAGCGAAUACGGCAGAUUCUACGCGACGAAGUCCAUCGACUCAACCCGCCAGAUCCUUCCGAGCGGGACCGCGAUAUCAGAGGCGAGGUCACAGGCGUCAUUCCGACGACUGCCCGGUCUCCCACCGACAAGUCCAUCCGAUUAUCCCCGGAGCCUCGCUUUAUCUUGGUUCGGCACUGGUCACUUUACGAGAGCAUGCUUCACAGCCCAUACCUCGCGUCUAGGCUGCAUGUAUGGACUGAAAACGGGCGUAAACGAUUGCACAAGCUACUGGCAAAGAUGGGGAUCAGCCUGACGCAAUGCCAUCAAAACUAUACGCACAUGGACAUGGAACUCAAGCGGGUGUUGCGACAGCGACUGCUCAAAUAUGCUCCGAUGUAUGGCAUGGACGGGUUAGUGCCGUCAGAAGCGUCUGGGCAUGCAGCCUCCCGAGAAGGAUGGGGCUUUGUACGUUGUUGGGGCUGGAAAGCUUGCCUGUCUGCCACAGAUGUAGGUGUCAUGAUUGGCGCCAUCCUCGAGGUUGGGCCAGAGGAAGUCCCUGGCGCAUGGGAUGCAAAGCGCCUGCCUCGGAUACGAAGGGCGCAAGAAGGCAGUUCUGGCCCCGACGACGACGCAGAUACAGACCCAUCGAAUCUUCUUGCCCGUUUCUGGACAGCAUACGAUGCGCUAUCACUAACGUCAGAGUCCCCAACGCUUCUCAUGGAAGCGCUACCCCUCGCUCAGCAUCUACACCGGGCCAUCCUCCGAACAGGCACGUCUCUGCUGUCCAAGCAUCAGAUUAGGCACCUGAGGGCGUUUCGUAUCGCAGUCGUCAAGGACGGCCCUGAUGUCAAGCUUUUUACGAACCCAGGGGCGCUGACCAAGCUAGCAUUGUGGGUUGCCGAGGCCAUUCGCGUGCAGGAACGAGACCGCAGUGACACUCUCAAGAUCGGCAAGAGGCGAGCAGCCGGUACACCGCUGGUCCUUGCAGGGCUUGAUGAGGAUCGUGGACUCUACGUUGUCGUCGGCACUGGUGGCGGAGGUGGCGUGAUUGACUUUGCUGCUCUGUCUAGACGUCGUGAAGAACGGCGCAAGAAGAAAGAAAUCAAGGAGAAGAAGCGAAGCGAGCGAGAAGAGGCUCGUGUGAGACGUGCCGCCGAGCGGGCUGCAAGGGCAGAGGACGGCGAGGAAGACGAAGAGGAAGAAUCGGAGGAGGAAGAGUCCUCUGAGUCGUCUGAAUCCGAGUCUGAGGACGAACAAGACAUGAGCGGUAACAAGCACCUUUUACGCAAUCGAUUCGGUAUCGCUUUCCAGGAAGUCGUACAAGAGACGAACACUCGAGUGCGGAUCGACAGCUUCGAGCACUGCGUGGUCGAAGUACAAAAGGAAGAUCUAGGAGGGUUCCUUGAAGCCCUCAGUUUCCGUAGUGUUGUUGGUUGA